CUCUGUGCAGGCUAUUCAAGUACUUCCACACCGGACUAACCGAACUCUCUUCAUGGACCUUGUUUUGUGCACUGGGGCCCAGCCAUGCUGGAACAGAAAUGGGCCUUCCGCAGACUGCUCCCACAAAGUUGUCCAAAAUGUCUUGAUAUGCAUAUGCUUUCCUGUAUGAAUGGUAAAAAUUCCGACACACUCCAAAAUCUAGUGGAAAUUUCUGUCAGGUAUUACAACUACAAAGGGGGGACCAACUCCAUACUGAUGCCUAUGGGUUUAGAAUGGGGUGUCAUAAAUGUCCCUGUGGGUGUAAUUGGGUGUGGGUGUCCCAAUAUGUUUGUCCAUAUUGUGUAUGUCCUGACUAAAACCUACCAUUCAUUAUGUGAUUUUCAUAGGUUGACAUUUCAAGUCCCGAAAGUAAAAACCCAGACGAAGCCAACCAGCUGAGUAUGAAGAGACGCGGUAACAGCACUCGCCUGUUUAUUUUUUAAAGAAAAUCUGUGUCUGAAUUUUUACUUUCUGGAACUGAAACAUCCACCUCUGAUGACAGUGUCUGCUAUGGUUUGACCUUGCGAUGUAGAUGUAGCAUGAUAUGCUAACUGAAUACAGUUUUUAAAUACGAGGAGUACCUCAAGCAUGUUGCUUGGUCUAGGAAUCAUCCCCUGUGGUUCAGGUUGAAAAGCAGGGAACUGGGGGCUUGGGGUGCCUUCCCCUGCCUGUUUUACCCAAAUUAUUUAAUGAACAUGAACCUGUGCACCAGAGUACCCCCUUUUCUACUUUUGAGCACCUGCCCCUCAAAUAGUCUGUGCCCAACGACGUAGCACUCCUCCGUAGCACUCCCCCGCCAUCAGAACUGAACACUAGGAAAAUGUAUCUGUGGGACAUUCUGUAUUGUGCCAGGUAGGUUAGCAGGUUACUAUAUUAGUUUAUAUGCAUACAAAAUAAACACGGCUCUUAAUGCCCCUUCCUGAAGGACUACAGCGUCCGUGUUGUUGCCAUGGUAACCAGGGUUUACGGUUCGUUUUCGCACAGAAAUAAAACCUGAAAAUCGGGCUUGUAUCUUCGCCGAAUAGCGAUCUUCCAAGAUGAAUCGGCUGCAAAUUUUUAUUGAUGAUUGCCUAAUAAGAACUAAACACGUAGAAGGCGCCGCAAUCUUGACCAUAAAAAACGCGAGCGUAGCCGCAGCGUCGGCUAGGUUUAAUAUUCUUCCACAGGUCCGGAUGUUUAUUGAUUGUUUCAAGCACAUUGAAGUCACUCGGGAAAGGGGUCUCUCCUUCCAGGACAAAUCCUACACAUGUGUCAGAGCUGACAGGAACUCUGUGUACUCCAAAUCCAAUGGACACGGUCUCAUACUUGUGAAGACAGCCUUGUACAUCAUUGUGGCCACCUACAAUGAAAACAUGUACCCAAGCGUUUGUGUUGAAGCCGUUGAGAAGCUGGGUACGAUGACAUACCAUUAUCAUUGUCCCGGAAGAUACAAUUCAAUUUUGCAGCCAAGGUAAUCUUACUUGAUGUGUGUUCAUUACAGCUGACUAUCUUAGAGAAAAAGAAAAAUGAAGAUGCUGGAUUCACUGAUAAGACGGUGAAUAUGGAAGAGUGUGGAAGAUAAUGUGUAGGUUACAUGCUGUGUUACAUUCUGAGAGGAACAGCAGAUUCAUUCAUACGUCACACACACAGUAAAUGCUUACACUUAGUGUACAAUGGGAGAAUGCUGUAGUCAUACAGAUUUUUCAUAGAACUGCAAUUUUAACACUUUUGGACUGCAAAAAAUCCACAGCAAACCAGUAUUUUAAUGUAUUAUACAUUUUACUUCAUACUGUAAUUAUGACACAAUAUUACAGAUCUCAAAUUUAUGUAAAUGUUAUGUAUUUACAUGGUUAAUUCAACCUGAGUGUGGAAUAUGUGAAUUUAUAUAGGCUUGCUUAAAACCUUUGCUUUAAAUUUUAUUACAUGCAUAAAAAUUCCAUUAUUUGUGAACACAGGAA